AUGCCUCCCCAGAAGACAUCUUCGCUCAAGACAUAUUUCGACAAUAUAGCUGUGACCAACGGUGAUGAUGAAUGUAGAGCUUGGUUGGAGAGGGUACUCGACCUGAAGACAGAAUUAGCAACUUUUGUUGCUGAUCACCGGGAAGGGAAUGGAACCGGAAAUUAUGUUAGUUUCCUUAAAGGUUCCUUUAAUUUCAGCUUCAGCUUCAGCUUCAGCUUUACCGACGGGGGCCCAGAUGCCAUUAUUCGAUCCCCAAAACCGGGACACAUGGCUACAGCUCUUAGGGACGAAAAGGUCACAAAUGAGGUCCAGGUCAUGGAAUACCUUGCCCAAAACACCACCAUUCCUCUCCCUCGGGUGCAUAGCUGGGGUUUAACAGCAGAGAGCCUAAAACAAUUAGGCCCAUUCAUUAUCAUGGAUUCCGUUGACGGAAUGCUUCUGUCUACUUUACUAAAGCGACAGUCUGAAAAUGGAGAAGAGGUCAUACUUCUAAACCAAGACUUUGACAACACGGCAUUAGACAAGAUCUAUUAUCAAAUAGCCGAUGGCAUGCUUCAGUUGUCUCAGCUCACGACGUUCACCCACAUCGGUGCAAUUUCAAAGCGGCACGGUUCAAACAUAUGGUCUGUCAUCAGAAGACCGCUCACAUACAACAUGAAUGAAUUGAUGACUGUCGCAGGCUACCCUGCCAAUAAAUUUCCUACCGCGCCGUUUGACCGUGCGAGCGAUUACUUCAGGUCGGUCGCGAACGAGCACCUAAACCACCUUCGGACUCAGCGCAACCUCGCAGAUGACGCAGGAAUCGUUCAGAAGCGGUUCGUUGCCCGUUAUCAGUUCGCACAGCUUAUCCCAAAGUACUGUGUCGACGACGCUGGUCCAUUUAUACCUUUCUGCAACGACAUGCGACCUUCGAACAUGCUCAUCGAUCCGGACACUCUCCGCAUUACCGCCGUGCUAUAUUUUGAGUUCACUAAUACCAUGCCGGCGCAGUUCACGUAUGACCCGCCAUGGUGGCUAUUGUUGUCUGGGCCAGAAUGGUGGCUGGAUCGCUGCUCUAUGGAAGAGUUCGUGACAGACUAUAAGCCCAGGAUGGAGCAGUUCCUACGAGCGCUAGAGAGGGUGGGGAAGGAGGCAUCGUUGAAGAAGCAACCCAGUGGGACACUUCUUUCUACGCGGAUGCGUGGUUCGUGGAGAAGCGGGCGUUUCUGGUUCAAUUACGCAGCUAGAAAGAGUUUUGAGGUGGACGGUGUCUAUUGGGCCGCACUACAUGACGGUAGCAGUAGCGUUCAGUUGUUUAGUGAGGCUGUGCAUGCAGAGAUAGAAGAUUUGACAAAGAUGAAGAUGGAGCAGUUAAAGGCAUACAAGGAGGAGUGCACUGCUUGA